UAGAGUUUUUGGUCACUGUUUAUUUUUAAAAAAUAUGAAGAAGAAUAUUUUUUUCAUAUUUUUAGCUAUAAUACAAUUCCAUGAAAACUCAGCAAGACAAAGCACCACUAUGAAAAUUAGCGAACGAAUCGCUCUAUUAAAGAAACAAAUUCGAAACAGCCUUCGCCACCCAUCACCGCACGACCCAAGCCCAGCCUACUACGAAUCGGAUGAAAACGCGCCUAUACAACCUAUUUUAGACGACGAUGAAUUAAAGAAAGACGAUAGAUUUAAAUUAUCCAAAAUCAAACAUAUCCCUACUACUCGUACAAACAAAUUUGUACUUAGAACUAAUAGAACUGCUAAACACGUCGAAAAUCAACAGAAAGACUUACUAUUUAAAUUAUUCAAAAUCAAAAGUAUCCCAACUACUCGUACAACCAAAUUUGCAAGAACUAGAACUACUGAACACGUCGAAAAUAAAAUAAUGUUUGAUUUGUCACAUGAAGACAGCAUUGUUCCAAAUAUUACUCCACCAGACCUUUCAAAAGAUAUCGGCCAUUUUAUACCAUUAACCCGAGAUACAUCGACUACUACAUCAGGUUUCAAUAUUUUUUAUAGAAGGUAUUAUGAUAAUGAUGUUAUGUCGUAUGUGCAAGAAUGGACGCACUGUGUUGAGCAUAUUACACCGUUCUUAAAAGGGGUUAAGAAGGAGCUGAGUAGGCCUAAGAAGAUCAUGGCGGAUGACUAUAUUGUACUUCGACUGCUAAACCUGCUUAAGGCCAACACCACGAAAAUGACACGCGCCGAGAAGAAAACCACCAUGUACCAGAUCAGCAAGCUGAAGAUCCGACUGUACUCUUGGCAUCUCAGCGCGGUGAUGAAGCUGACUACCCUUAUUGCCAGAUUACACGGGCGGAGUAAUAAAGUGGACUUUUUCUCCUUAAAAAAAGGAAUACUGAAUAUGCUGGCGGCGUGGCAGGCGGACAUCUCCAACACGACCGUACUGCUGCGACAGGCGAAGGCGUACCGGCCACCCUGUAUACCACGGGGUGGGCAAGGGUCCUCCAAGUUCGUCCGCGGCAGCACGAUCAGCACCACGCCCAACCAGGUGGAGCGCUUCGCCGACGACAUGGACUGCCGCCGCCGAAACGCCGACGACGUUUGUUUAGAUUGACGCACAGACCACCUCAACUACUAAACUGAAAAUCGUAUUUCAAGACCAAAAAAAGUAAGACAAUGUUGCCACUGCAAUAAUUUUAUUGUAAAAUAGUUAAUUCAUUUUGAUAAAUAAUCACGCUAAGAUAAUUUAUUUAUUAGUAAUUUUACUCCUACGAUAUAAAAAAGUACUUUUAUUUACUUAUUUUUACAUAAAUACAAGACGCGCUAGUAAAAAGUGGCAACAUUGUCUUACUUUUUUUGGUCUUCAAUUACGUUUUGCAGUAAGACGAAGCACAAGUCAAUCAAGGUAGUAUGGCAGACAGACCGCUUAUUUCAGUUGCGCCCACAAUCAGGAGGACUACUAAUUAAAGUAUUUUAAUAAAGAAGUUUCCACUUCAAUAAUAUUUAUAAUUAUUGAAGUGAAAGCUUCUUUAGCGGCGCUGCGCACUUUUUGUGAUGGGGAAAAAAUGUUAAACUCGCGACAGCGUAAGACGUAAGAAGCUUCGUAAGACGGACACGUGACCUGAUCGAAAAACUGUUACAAUGUCAUUGAGUUUUCACUUCUGCCGGCACUCCCGGAGUGCAACCCGUUGUUUUUUAAGCUUUAGGGUUGUUCUUGGGUUAUUAUAGUAUAAAAUAGCGUAGAAUACAACUCUUAUUGUGUCGCUGGGUUCGUAGCAUUUUACAAGUAAAAUUGUACAUAUGUGUGGUGAC